CUAUAUCUUUUCCUUUCUUUCUCACAAUCAAACACAAAAAAUAAAUAAAAUUAGAGUAAGAAAAUGGUGGAGGUAGUCUUGAGCAAUAAUAAUGUUACAUUUUCCUUGGUGUGUAUUUUGGCAAUAGCAUUGAUAUGGAAAGCAUUUAAAUGGGUGUGGUUGACACCAAAAAUGUUAGAAAGACGUCUUAUAAAACAAGGAUUUCGAGGUCACUCUUAUAGGAUAUUGUUUGGUGAUACCAAAGAUAUUGCCCAAAUGGUGAAACGUACCACUUCUAAGCCCAUGGAGUGCUUUUCGAAUGAUUUUAUACCUCGGAUCUUCCCGUUUCAUCAUCAAAUUAUGAAGACCUAUGGUGAAAGAUCAUUUUUGUGGAAUGGGCCAACACCAAUAGUGAGCAUAACAAAACCAGAAGAAAUAAGAGAAAUAAUGAUGAAGAUAUAUGAUUUUCCAAAGACGGCAACUCCACUUAUGAAGAGGCUAACAAAUGGGUUGGUUAGACUCGAAGGACAUAAAUGGGCUCGAGAAAGAAAGUUGCUUAAUCCUGCCUUCCAUAUGGACAAAAUUAAGCAUAUGGUGCCGGCUUUUCAUGCGAGUUGUAAUGAGAUGAUCCAAGAAUGGGAGAAGAUGACAUCCGAAACAGGAUCGAGUGAGGUAGAAAUGUGGUCAUAUCUACACAAUCUUUCAGCAGAUGCAAUAUCUCGUGCAGCAUUUGGGAGUAGUUUUGAACAAGGAAGGAGGGUUUUUGAACUUCUUAGAGAACACACCUCCAUUACUGUACAAGCUAUGCACUCAGUUUACAUUCCUGGGUCCAGGUUUCUUCCAACUACAACGAACAAGAGAGAGGAGAAGAUCAUCAAUGAAAUGGAGUCUUUGUUAAAAGGUAUGAUUCAAAGGAGGCAAAAGGCAAUGGAUGAUGGAGAAGUAGCUAAAGAUGACUUGUUGGGUUUGUUGCUUAAAUCAAACUUAGAAGGAACACAAGAACAUCAACAUGAUGGAAAUAACAUGCAACAACAUUUUAAGAUGGGCAUGGAAGAAAUAAUAGAAGAGUGCAAGAUGUUCUAUAUUGCUGGUCAAGACACCACUUCUUCAUUGUUAGUUUGGACUCUUGUUUUGUUAAGCAAACAUCAAAGUUGGCAAGAUCAAGCUCGAAAAGAGAUUCUCACAACUUUUGGUCAUCAUACACCUCAUGUUGAUGGCUUAAACCAACUUAAAACGGUGAAUAUGAUACUUCACGAGGUUCUACGACUAUACACACCGGUAUUUUCCCUUAAUCGAAAGGUUAUCCAUGAAACAAGAGUAGGAGACAUGGUUCUACCAGCAGGUAUACAAAUUCAUUUGCCAUCAAUUUUUAUUCAUCACAGUGAAAAGUUAUGGGGUUCAGAUGCAAAAGAAUUUAACCCAAACAGAUUCUCACAAGGACUUUUGAAAGCCACUAUAGGGGGGAAUAUGUGUUUCUUUGCGUUUGGUUGGGGGCCUCGGAUAUGCAUUGGAUCGAAUUUUGCGAUGAUGGAGGCUAAAAUGGCAUUGGCAAUGAUUUUGCAACGUUUUUAUUUAGAGCUCUCACCAUCUUAUGCUCAUGCUCCUACUAUAGGUUGUGGAACUCUUCGACCUCAAUUUGGUGCUAAGUUGAUAUUACACCGUAUCUAAAGACGUGCGUAACUGGGUUGGCUAAUAUGUGAGAGGUGCUGGUUAAGUAGAGUUCCUUCUUCUUACUCUAAAAAACAAAUUAUACGGGUAAUACGUACGUACUACGUACAUUAUGACUAAUCCUACAACAUAUUACACAAUAACAUUUGAUUUUUAUAUAUUAGAACGAAAAUUUGUUAAAGUAAAUUAUGAGUUGUGCAAAAGUCAAACUGUUGCGAGUAUUUUAGAACAAAGGGAGCUCUGGCUAGUUUAUGAUUAGAUUUCUCAACAUGUCAGCGCUUAGUUGGAGGUAUAUGUACUCCGUAGUUCAUAAUAGUUGUAAUAAUUAGGUCGAAAUUACUGAAAUAAUGUUAGACUAGAGAGAAUACAUAUUAUUAAUGCUAUUGUAGAGAAAGUAACAAAUUUUUUUGUUAUCAUUGAGAAUUUGCAAAAGUAUAAUACCAUAAAGAAUUUUCCUUUUUUGGGGGGUAUGUUGUACAAAAUGAUUCUUUACAUGUAUUGACCUCCAUUGUAGAAGUUAAGGCCUGCCAGUUGUAAGAUUAUGUACUUAAUUGAGGGAGAAAUAUUUUAAAGUUAUGGUUCGUUCUCGUGGUGG